AUGUCUGUGAAAUCGGUCCCAUCAUCAGCAGCAUCGUCAGCGUCGUCUUCGUUGUCGUCGUGCAGUGAGAUAAGCAUCGAGGAACUGCACGCCCGCUCAUCGCCAGACUUUUCGUCCGAAUUCACACUCGCCAACAUUAAGCAGGAGCCGCGUGCCGGCACCGUGUCCCCAAUUCUGACACCACCACACACACCCACGGAGGACAGUGUUGGUGGUCUGCACGCAUCACAGACGAUCAUCACGGCAUCGCCACCGCACCACCACCACCACCACUACCAACCGCAGCACCAGCCGUCGGCCCACCAGCCGCACGCGGCAUCGCGACACAUUCCGCUGAACCACUACCAUCCGUAUCAGUACGAGAUGGAACGUUCGCGGACGACUGCCAUGCGUCAGCAGCAGCAACAGUUUCUGCAGCAGCAACAGCACACCCCAACCGGGCAGGAUAUGGUGGUGGGAGCGUUCGUGCCCCAGCAAGCCCCGCAGACAAUCGUGAGUGCUGCCCCGUCGACGAACCCGAUCGAGGCCGCAUUCCUGUACCAACAGCAGCAGCAGCAACAGCAACAGCAACAGCAGCAGCAGCAUCAGCAACAGCAUCAGCAGCGUCUGUGGCAGCAGCAUCUGCAGCAAACCGGUUAUCACCCGGCGGCAGCAGCCGCGGCCGCCGCAGCAGCCGCCACCCUGCCCGGUGCCUACGCCCAUCCGCAUGCCGCGCUCAUGCAGCACUGGAUUCGCAAUGCCGCCCUGUACCAGCAACGUUUGCAUCCGCAUGCCCAUGCCCACCCGCACGGUCCCACCGUUGGACAUCAUGCCCAUCAUCCCUACCCGAUGCUGGGAGGCGGUCGGCCCGGUCUCAAACUUCCCGGCCAUCAUCACGGUGGCCCCGGUGGUGGGGGUGGUAGUUCGCGACCGAAGAAACAGUUCAUCUGCAAGUACUGCAACCGGCAGUUCACCAAAUCGUACAACCUGCUCAUCCACGAGCGCACGCACACGGACGAACGGCCGUACUCGUGUGACAUUUGCGGCAAGGCGUUCCGGCGGCAGGACCAUCUGCGCGAUCACCGGUACAUCCACUCGAAGGAGAAACCCUUCAAGUGUUCGGAUUGCGGCAAAGGUUUCUGCCAGUCGCGCACCCUCGCCGUCCACAAGGUGACCCACCUGGAGGAGGCACCGCACAAGUGCACCGUCUGCAACCGGACGUUCAACCAGCGGGCGAACCUGAAGACGCACAUGCAGAGCCACAGCACGCCGCAGGGCAGCGGGACCGGCCAUGGCUCGAUCGAACCGUUGCUGAACGGUCCGGCGCUGGAUCUGUCGCAGAAGUCAUCCUCCUCGUCGACCGAGGAGAAGGACAUCAUCGUGGACGAAGACUUUGACGACGAGGAGGAGGAAAUCGAAGAGGAGGAAGAGGUGGAGGAGGGCGAGAUGGAGGGCGAGGAGGAGGAACACCUCGAUCUGGAGGGGGACGGUGAUGGGAUCGGUGUCGAUGUGAGACAGAUGCUGCUGCUGGAGCAUGCGAGCAGCACCGGUACGGCAUUGCAUACACCCAGGCGUAACCAAACAACCACUGUCACCACGAUGACUACGUCAGCAGGGCCGACAACAGUGACCCCAAAGCGAUCGCUCGGUUUCUCCAUCGACGAGAUCAUGCAGCGAUAG